UCAUGUGAAGGCCUGAUGGCAGAGACAGCAUGGGUAAAGUCUCCUCUGAUAACAGUUGACCUUGCCUCUGAUAGGACAGUCUUGACUAGCAAGUGUCUCUCAGAGCCAGGGCUGGAGCCUUUUUGUAAACUCACGUUGAUCUGUGUGCCUUGGGCAGACCUUUUCCAUUUAAUGUCCACAGGUGAGAGGGUAAUCAUGGCAACAGAAACACAGAAGAAAUCUCAUUCACACCACCAUAAACACCAUAAACAGCAACAGCAGCAGCAGCAACAACAAAAGGUGUUCCAUCUCAAGAGUCUUGAGAGGAUCUCACACCUUCCUGUGGUAGAGUCUGUCCAUUCCUACUAUCAGUCACUCAAGAAGUCAAGCUUCCUGAUUCGUCUGAGCCUGCUGCCAGCAGAGACUGGAGUAUGGUUGGCUGUUGGCACAGCAAUGCCUGUUGUCAGCCUUUUUCAAACACCUGUGUCAGCCGUGGACAGCAUCGUGUGUAAGGGUCUUGAUGUCAUUGAAGCCAAUAUUCCUGUCAUCAAUUAUCCCCCAGAAGUGGUGUAUAACAUAACAAAGGACUAUGUGGCAAGCAAUGUAGUCGGUCCAGUGUUGAAGCGAGCCGAUUCAGUCAAGCAGAUGAGCAUCAGUGGUGCCAACAUAUGUGGGGAGCUGGCUGCCUCCCGUUUGAAUAACGCUAUUGAUGUGGCUGACAAAUACGUGGAGAAGUACCUCCCGGAGAUUGGAGAUGGCACUGAAGUUCCAGCUGAUUCCUCAUCUCCAGCCACCGCCUCUGACAGCAAGACAGUAAAGACAUUCCUACAUGUGAACCAGUUUGGCCGCAAGCUGCAGCGUCGCCUGACUCGCCGUACCAUCGCAGAAGCCAAGGCCCUCAAACAGCAGGGAGCAGAUACCAUCCGCUGUCUCGUCUACCUUGUUGACCUUUUGGCACAUGAUCCGAAAGCCUUCAUGGAGAAAGCCAAAGAGGUAUGGUUGGAGUUGAGCAAGGAUGAACCAGAGAAUCAGGUACCCCCAGCAAAUCUGGAGCAGCUGAUUGCGAUGUUGACACGUGAGAUGGCUCGUCGUGUUGUGCACCUUACCAACUACUCGGGUACCAAAGUCCUUGUGCUGACACAGUACGGACUACACGCAGCGCACAUUGCAGCAUACAACACCAUCUGGUGGGCAGACUACCUGCUAAAGUUGUUACACCUGGACCCAUUGGUGGGAAUGGCAGCCAACCUAGUUUCAAGAUUUCACCAAGUGUCUGUUGAUCUGGUGAUAAGCCUGAUUGAAUACAUCCGCAAAGUAAGAUCAGAUUGUGCAAAGUCUGCAGUAAUACCAGUCUCAGUGAUGACCCCUUCGCCUCCACGGUCAUCCUCACAGGCUUCUCACACCAGCCCUGCCUCCUCCACCUCCCCUAAGCCUUCCAAUUCUCAACAGAAUGGAGACUCCUGUUCCAUUCCGGAGACUAACCACGAAAAUCCAGAGGGACAGGAGCCUCUGGCUGUCCCUGCUCCCGCUCCUACCUCCACUUCCCCUGCUGGUUCCCCCACUCCCCCUGCUGCUACUCCCACUACUGCUGCCAGGUCCUCAUAGACUAAUGUGUUAGGUUAGGUUACUUGUUAUUAUAUCUCAUUAGAGCUUAUUAUUGUUUAAGAACAGGAUAUAUUAUCUGUGCUUUGAGUUGUAACGUGUACAAUUUAUGUGUUGUUUUAAAGUUUUAUAAUUCAAUGGAUAUAUUCUUUCCUUUUUUACAUUAAGUGUUAACAGCGGAAUGUUAAAAGGUUCUCAACCUCGUUUUAUGGGUGUUUGCCAUAAAUUAUUGUUUUAAUAAAACCAAUCUCUUGGUGACAUUAAAAAAUGACAAACAUCCAUAACAUUCUACAUAAACACCACUUCUUUGUGCAAAAUAUAAUUUUCAUAAGUUUUGUACCAUCUUUUUAAUAAUUUGGUCCAUCUUGCAUCAAGUUUAUUUAAUAUUGUAAUUAGUUAUUUUCCACAACAUUUUUUGAUACCUGCAUUUUUUAAACACAAAAAUACUUUGAGUAUAAAUUAGCAUACUGGGCCUCAAUAUUUCUAACUUUAAGUUACCAUCCUCAUUGUGAUUGAAAUAAUGAUUGUUGAAGAAGUUAAUUAAACUUUAGCCAAAUUAGUGUUAUAUUAAAAGAAUUUAUGUUAUUUUUUAUCAAUCUCUCCUAAUGUAAUGCUUAAAAUUAUGUGUAUACACAUGAAAAACUCAAAUGAAAUUUUUUAUUGUUAAUUGAUAAAAGAAUAUAAUUAAAUAAAAAUUGACUGUGUGAGUCUUGUUCGCAUGAUUUUUGUAAUUAUUUAAUAUUUGAUAACAAAACAUGUUAUAAUAGUUAUAAAUCUAUUAACUGAUAAUAUUCUGUAUUUAAGUUACUAAGUGGAAUAUCUUAAGCAUACUAAAAGUGUAAAUAGUUUUUAAUUAGGAUUAUUAAUAUUGUUGUACUUACCUGUUUUAUCAGAGCAUCUUGUUAAUUUUGUAAUAAAAUUUUUUAGCUUACA